AUGCCUGACGAAAAAGGAUACUCUUAUAACAGCUCCGGCACCAAUAGUCAGGGUAACCACUACUGUUCCCGCGACUAUGGCUCCGAUGCCUCUAACUCGAACAGCUACCACUACUCUAACUCCAAUGGCUCGUACUACUAUUCCAAUCCUAAUGGAAGUACCUACUAUAACAAUGGAAGUGGUGGCUCGACUUACACUCCCUCUUCCGGGAAGAAAUGA